CAGGGUGUCCCUGCAUUAAGCAUGCAUCUGAUAACACCAUCACAGGAUUAAAGCGAUCCGAGAGCCGGAGAGGAGAAAUUCCCCUGCAGUGCUCCGGUUUAGCAGGCACAAGCCGGCCAUCGCUCUCUUCUCUCUGAUCCCCGCUCAGUGCAGGCAGGAGUACUAGCCGAGUCCGCGUCGCUACAAGCCAUCUGGACAUAAUACACCAUGUCUGUUGCAGGGUUCAAAAAGCAGUUCCACAAAGCCACACAGAAAGUGAGUGAGAAAGUUGGCGGAGCUGAAGGCACUAAACUAGAUGAGGACUUUAAAGAGAUGGAGAGGAAAGUUGACGUGACCAGUAGGGCUGUGAUGGAAAUAAUGACCAAAUCGAUAGAAUAUCUCCAGCCUAAUCCAGCUUCCCGGGCUAAACUCAGCAUGAUCAAUACAAUGUCGAAAAUUCGAGGCCAAGAUAAAGGACCGGGUUACCCGCAAGCUGAAGCAUUGUUAGCAGAAGCAAUGUUGAAGUAUGGUCGGGAAAUUGGAGACGACUCAAACUUUGGUCCAGCUCUUGUUGAUGUGGGAGAAGCAAUGCGGGAGCUCUCUGAUAUCAAAGACUCCUUGGACAUUGACGUGAAGCAAAAUUUCAUAGACCCUCUUCAAAACCUGCACGACAAAGAUCUAAAGGAAAUUCAGCAUCACUUAAAAAAGCUGGAGGGUAGACGUCUAGACUUCGAUUACAAGAAGAAAAGGCAAGGAAAGCUCACAGAAGAUGAAAUCCGCCAGGCUCUAGAGAAAUUUGAUGAGUCAAAAGAAAUAGCAGAAUCCAGCAUGUUCAACCUGCUGGAGAUGGAUAUUGAACAGGUAAGCCAGCUUUCAGCACUGGUACAAGCACAGCUGGAAUACCACAAGCAAGCAGUGCAGAUCCUACAGCAAGUCACUGUGAAACUCGAACAUAGGAUCAGAGAUACUUCAACCUUGCCCAGGAGAGAGUAUCAGCCUAAACCCCGCAUGAGUUUGGAACUAACACUCCCCUGCGAUACCAGUCAACACAAUGGUGGCAUGUCUCAGGCCGGAACCCCAAAACCAUCAGGAGCUCCCCUGGACCAGCCAUGCUGUCGGGCUCUCUAUGACUUUGAUCCAGAGAAUGAAGGGGAACUUGGCUUCAAGGAGGGCGACAUAAUUACUCUCACCAAUCAGAUUGAUGAAAACUGGUAUGAAGGAAUGCUUCAUGGCCAGUCAGGGUUUUUCCCCAUCAAUUAUGUUGAUAUUCUGGUUCCCUUGCCCCACUAAAGUAUCUGGUGUACCCAUUGAUUUGUACCACUGCUUUUAAAAUGCUGCUUCAAAUAAUUCACACAAGUACAAGGUGCAGUGGUUAUGAGUCCGUCCCAUUGUUAUUUUUACUUCAAUUUGUAUUUGUUAUUUCUUCUGUUGUUGUACAUCUUUAAUGUCUUAGAGUUCUUUAUAACAGUGAAAAGAAUAAAGAAAAAUAAUUGUCA